AUGGAAAAUGUUAAGGCAGAUCUCUGCAAUGCUUUUGAGAUGAAGGAUAACGGCAAAGAACAACAAUAUGUUGGUGCCAUAUUGAAGAAAUUUGGCAUGAUCAAAUGUGCAAAGCCCGCAUUGACAACCACCGAGGCUAAAGUUUCCGACACGCCCGUUAGUUGCGUUUGCUGCGAGCUUUAUGAGUCAGUUCAACAGCAAUUACAAUGUCGAGCACUGGGAAGGCAGCGAAAACGCAUAUUGCGGUAUCUAAGCGGUACAAAGAAAUUGGGCCUGUUAUCCAAGCAAACAGGCGAGGAUCUAUUUGGCGUGGUCGAUGCAGAUUGGGGAGCGAAUCUGGGCGAUGGGCGCUCCUAUUCAGGGCAGGCGUUCAUCCUGUCUGGAGCAGCCCUGUGUGUGCUGGGAGCCACGCAAGCAACGUGCUGUGGCACUAUCGGUACUGAGUCCGUUACCUUACGAUGUCCGAAGCGAGCGCACAAAACGGACUUCGGCAUCACCGCGGCAAAAAACAUAGAUGUGCGCCACCACUUCAUCAAGCAAAAAUACCUGAGCGGCGACAUUGAGAG